UCUUCACAUUGAGAUACCCACUCACCAACGACUCUCUCUCUCUCUCUCUCUCUCUCUGUGUCUCUGUCUCUGGUUCUUAGCUUUCUAUUUUGUGGACUAAAGAAGAUCUUGACAUUGAGAUACCCACUCACCAACGAAGCUACUCGCCAACGAAGCUAUCUACAACAUUUUUCACAGAUCGCUUGACAUUGAGAUACCCACAUACACCAAUCUCAACAUGUUCGUUUCCCAGGGCAACCAAGAAAAAAGAAAAAGAACGAGACAGAGAGAGACAGCGAGCCAAAUGGACAGCUCUGGCGGACACAAACAGACACAGGCCUACAGGCCCAAGUUCUUCAAAUUAUUUCGCCCCGCUUCCAGCUCUCACCAACUAUCCAUACCACAUGAUUUUGUCAGGCAUUUCAAUGGAAGGAUACCAGAAAAGGUAUAUUUCAUUGAUGGUGCUAGAAAGUACUGGUGUGUCCAACUAGAAGAAAUUGGUGGGCACAUGUUGUUCACGAAUGGCUGGGAACGCUUUAAACGUGCUCAUUUUUUGAAUUUUGGAGACUUCCUAGUCUUCCAAUACAAUAGAAGGUCUUUAUUUGAAGUGGAGAUAUUCGAUCGAAGAGGAUGCAUGAAGGAAGAACCAAUAGAUAUUAGUGAGAGUACUCCUGCUGAGGAUAAAUUGGAACAAGAUUAUACUGCAGAGCAAGGUGAGGCAGGCGAUUCAUCUGAAGCUAGUGGGCCUAAAUCAACAAAUCUUGAAAAGAGCAACACCCCUGCAGUGGUAGCUGGACUUGUAGCAUCAAAGACUCCACACUUUGUGCUGAGCAUUUCUCGUUGUACGCUAGCUACCGUGUACAUUCAUAAAUCGGUGGUAAAAGCAUUUAACAUUGCACUAAAACCAAAGACUGUGCUUCGUGAUCAGAAUGGACAGGCUUGGCCGGUGAGAAUCAUAUUCAAAGAAGAUGGCCGAAUAGCUAUUGGUUCUGGGUGGUCUUAUUUCGCGAACAACAAUGUGAAAGUUGAAGACCAAUGCGUGUUUGAGUUUGUCCUUCAGAGAGGAAAUACAUGUGAAGAAAUACGUGUUCAUGUUCUUCGUGGAAAUGCAAGAAUGAAGAAGCCCUCUAGCCAUUGGCAUUGGCACAGACAAUGUUAGGGAACGCAAGAAUAGAAAAGCCCUCUAGCCAUUGGCAUUGGCACACACAUGUUAACAUUUUGACUGAUCGAUCUAUUCGUAUGUACCUCAA